CCACAUAUAUUUGAUCCAGAACGAAAGUAACUUGCUCCUUAUGAUAGAAAGUUUUGAGUGAGCUUCCGGGAACUUAAAAUGAACUUUGACGAUAUUUUAAGCAAUGUGAGAUGAUGAAACGCUGAUACGAAAAUACAAAUCAGAAAAUAUAAGAAAGAAAGAAAAAAAGAAAGAAAGAGAUAAAGGAAAACGUAAGUAAAAACAGAAAAACAUCAGAAAAUACACUAAUAUUAAAAUCUCCACAAAACACAUCAGCAACUCAAACAAAUGAAAAACGGAAACAAAACAUGACGCGAACCAGUGAGGAGAGUUAUGAAGCUUCGAACCGUGCGUGGAGCUUCGGAUAACAACUUGCUCUCGGUUUCGAAGCCCCGGACCCAUCAAAAUGAGGCUCCGAGACUCAACCGUCCGCCAUCGCCGCUCCUCAUUGUAUGGCUACGCUUCGUCGACGCUGCUGCCCUCUGGCGGCUCGGCGGGAGGGAUGCGGCCGAGGGUCAACAAGCUGCAGACCCUGGAGGCGAAGAUGGCGAGUAUCGAGGUGUCGCUAGGGUGGAAGAGGCGGCGGGAGGCGCUGCUGGAGACGCUGCCCCGAGCCGCCCGUGACCUGGUGAGGGAGCUGGACACCCUGCACCAGGCCCUCAGAGACAAGGACACCGUCAUACAAACCUUAAAGACCCAGAUCACCAACCUCGGCGGGACGGUGGGCGGCGGCGGCAGCGAGGGCGGCGGCGCGCUGACGGAGACGGAGCGACGCAGCGUGCAGGAGCGGCUGGCGAAGGUCCAGGGCGAGCUCGACUCCAAGCGUGUGGCCGUCAAGAACCUCAAACUGGCACUGGAAAAGAUCGACAUCACGGACAACAUAGACGUCAGGAUCCGCGCCGCCGAGCUUGAAUACGAACUGGAGCGGGAAGAGCUUAACAUCCUCAACCUGAAGGAGGAGUCGAACGUUCUCACCACGCGGCUGCAGGAGAACACCCCAUCCCCGGCCUGCAACGGCGUCUCGGGAAGCAACUCCUCUCUCCACGCCCUCCUCACGUCUGCGGGAGGGGCGGCGGCGCUAGGGGGAGCCUCGCUACUGAGCCUUACCAUUCCCCACACCCCAGGUAACCCGCCCUUCCAUGUGACCCCGCGCCCGCCUCUCGGUUGCGUCAUUGAUUGGGCCACGGACGACACCCGCCUCAAGAAAGGAGACAGACUGGUGGAGGUGAACGGCGAGGGCGUGGUGGGGUGCGGGCUGGAGCAGGUCACACGCGUCAUGGGCAGCACCACGCACCUCAACCUGGUCGUCGCGCGCCCCGUCACAGGACCCAGCCGCAAAUCAGAGGACAGAUCAAAGGAAGUAAAGGAGCUCUCUGCAAAGCUGGAUAAGACACAGAAGGAGAAAGAAUCCUUCAAGAGCGACAACACUCGGCUCAGUCACCGCAUCAGCUACCUAGAAGAGCAGGUGUUGGAGCUGCAGAACGCCCUGACAUGCACCCGGGAGGUGGAGCGAGUCCCUGCGGAAGGCAAGGCCAUCGUCACCACCACCCACCAGCCUGGCACCACCGUCAUCCAAUGUGUGCCUCCCCAGGUGUUCCAGAAGGGGGAGCAGCGCCUGGCCGUGGCGAGCCCCCAGCUGAGGAACGGAGAAGUGGAGCGUGCCCAACAGUACCCAACCUUACCUCGUGUUAGAUCCCCUGACUCCUCCCUCUCUUCCCCUACCUCAUGUUCCUCUUCUACCUCUUCUUCUGCCUCUUCUGACCCCCACCACAACCACCAGCACUCUGCCCAGGGCCAGGGAAGUGCGUCAAGGCCACCAACCGCUGACCACCGCAAGCGAGUCAUCUCCCCAAGACCUGAAUCAAAAAAUGAGGACUCCCGACCACCUUCCCGCACCAAACCAGUACCACCCAAGAAACCUGAACGCCUGAGUCUACAGCGUACCACCAGCCUCCAGAAUGUAGAGGAAGGACCGUCAAACACCUCCGCACCCUUACCGACCCCCACCACCAACUCCACCACAUCCACUUGGCAACAACAGCCCCUCCAGACGUGGUCCUCCCUCGACACUGACAUCCACUGCCAGGAACACACCAUCUCCACUCAACCUAUUUAUGAGAGAGGGUGUGAGAGGCAAGACUACUGCAGCCACGAGAAUAUUUACGAGAAACAGCAUGAGCACUAUCCACCGUCUCAUCACAACGGUACCUGGAACCACAACCAUCACUAUUCCGGUGGUGGGAACAGGAGUGGGAAUAUAAUGAUGGUAGUGAGUGCGACCCCAAUGGUUACUGACAAUCACAUGACGCAGCGCCCCCCACCACAAGGACCGUCAGCCAGCACAGUCACUACCACCACGACGAUCAGUGACAAGCCGCAUCACCACUACCACCCUAACCAUCAGCACCACAGUAGUCAUCGGCCCCUGUCCCCAGAUGCAUCCUACCACCUGGAUACCUACGGCAGCAAGAGUCAUGAUGAGGCAAGAGACACCUACAGCCCCUCCGCUACCACCACGCACUACACCACAUCCGUUUCUCAUUCCCAUAAUCACAGGAACAGCCAGCAACAUGACCACAAUCACACUCACCAAAGACUAUCAACUUACACCCACCACACUCAUUUCACUCUCCAAAGCCCUCCAACACCUGUGGCCUCAAGAAAUUCUGCCAACCUUGCCAUGGCCUCCAGUCCCCGGCCUCACGAGCAGUGGUGCUGAGAGACAGGCAUUCAACCAGUUACCAUGUGUACAGAUACCCAACACCUGUUGCACCCAAGGCUCAACACUUCACCUACAAGAACUAUUGCAGGGGAGCAUACACUGAGGAAGGGCAUUGCUUUGCCACCCUGUUCCCAGGAGUUCCCUGAGCACACUUUCAUGCAGGCUGCCUUCCCACCCCAUUAAUAAUUCAAGGCUGGAUUUAUACUCUCUCAAGCUUCAUGGGCAUCCCUCAUGGCUGCCUCUACACAGAAUUAUCAUACAGACAUAAUCUAGUGAAAAGGGGCUACUCCUGGAUAACAUGCCACUUGCCCAUGUAGCCAGAGGUCACCGAUUUGACAGUCAUUUCAGUGAUACCUCCUAAUUUUGUAAGGGCAGUUAUUACCAGAGGCAUUAUUCAUCUCCAUGUCUUGGUCAUGAAGGAAGAUAUCAACAAAGGCACACGACUCAGUGUUGAGUGAGUCUAUAAGAUCGUGAGACAAUGGGGAUGGUAUGUGCACAUUUUGCUCUUCUGACCAGUACAAAAGUGCUCUUGCUCACAGUUAAAAGAAAUGGUAAUAACCAAGAACUAUUCCUAUGGAUAGAAUAAUGUAAGGCACUAAUAUACAUAUCUAUAUACAUGAUACCUAUGCAUAUUAGUGCUUUACAGUGGAAUGCUGGAGUUAUAUAUAGCGAGUGAUAAUUUUGGAGAAACAAUUCAAGGAAAUGCAUGAUUAUGACUGAAGACCAUGAUGUAAACAAUUUAUAUCAUAAGCUGCAUGGAUGCAGGUAUCACUUUGGGGCCCUUCUGCUGUGGACAUAACUUGGCUCACGCAGUGAUCUCAUUCAAACUAAAUAAUUUGUUUAGUGUAGACGUGAGACUGCUGCAGCAUGUGUACUGAGGGGGUCUAGGACUCCCUAAACCUUGUAAAUAAUCUCUGUACAGCUGUGCUUUUCUACACUAUGUAUGUAACCAGAAAUUUCAGAUAACUAAUAAAAUCUAUAAAUAAAGUUUA